AUGUGGAACAAGAUGAAUUUUCAAGAUGAAGCAGCUCAGUUGAUCAAUUCAGAUUUCAGGGACUUGGGUGAAGCAGCUCAUAAACUCGCUAAUCAUGUUCUUAAACUCGGUGGUUUGGGAUUUGGAGCUUCUUUCUUUGGAUUCUUUGCUGCUGUUGCUGCUAUUUACUUGUUGGUUUUGGAUCGCACAAACUGGAAGACCAACAUUCUUACAUCACUACUCAUUCCAUACAUUUUCUUCAGUUUGCCGCAACUAGUUUUCGGUGUCUUCAGGGGAGAGAUUGGAAAAUGGAUUGCUUUAGUUACUGUUGUGUUAAGGCUUUUCAUUCCAAAACAUUACCCUGAUUGGUUGGAUUUACCAGGUGCUUUGGUACUUCUGGUUGUUGUAGCUCCAAAUGUAAUUGCAACCACUUUUAGAGAAGACAUUGUGGGAGUGAUUGUGUGUCUUGUCAUUGCAUGUUAUUUACUACAGGAACAUAUUCGUGCGUCUGGUGGUUUCAGAAACUCCUUCACCAGAGCAAAUGGUGUGUCGAAUUCUGUUGGCAUAAUACUUCUGUUAGUUUAUCCCAUCUGGGCGCUUAUUGUUAUCAUUCUUUAG